GGAGCGAGGUUUCAGGCCACAUCAUCUUACAAUAAUGGAUAUGUGCUUGCUGAUGUGUACUUAAAAGGUCCCAACCAUAGUGUUAUGUUGUACUUUGUAAUUUAAGUGCAGAACAUUUGUCCAUACUGAAUAUGCAUCUAGCCAAUGAGGAUCUUGGGAUGUAACCUACUCAUUUAUCUUUUGUUGUGAUGAUACAGACCGGCUGACAGAACUGCAGAGGGAUUCUUCUCCUCCCAUCCAUGUGGAAAGUGAAGUUGGACUGUGACCUUACAUUAGAAAUGCAGCUACCUAGUGGAUUUUACAAAACACACCUUGAUAACCUCCCACUGUCUAACUCAGCACUAUAUCAAUGCGAGGAAUCCUAGGAGGAUCACAUACAUCUUCUGAGAACUUCAAGGACACUGCCACCUUGUGUGUCAGCCUUGCCAGAAUCCAAUAGUGACCCCAUAUUCCAUACUACUAUACUACUGCUCCAUAUGAUGGCACCAUGUGUGAAACAACUUUUGAGCUGCAAGAGGUUUUUUAUUUUGUUUGCAACACCACUUCUGCUGUUACCAUUACCACUGAUCAUUCGUUCAAAGGAAGCCAGUUGUGCCUACACAAUCAUCCUCAUGGCUGUGUACUGGUGUACAGAGGUCAUCCCCCUCGCAGUCACUGCAUUGCUGCCCGUCCUGUUGUUCCCAAUGUUUGGAAUUCUGGAAUCAAAACAGGUGUGUAUGCAGUACCUGAAGGACACAAACAUGAUGUUUGUGGGAGGAUUAAUAGUGGCAGUGGCUGUGGAACACUGGAACCUACACAAAAGAAUCGCACUGAAGGUUCUGCUUAUUGUUGGAGUUAGCCCUCCCCUACUAAUGUUGGGGUUCAUGGGAGUCACAGCCUUCCUGUCUAUGUGGAUAAGCAACACUGCAACUACAGCCAUGAUGGUUCCUAUUGUGCAAGCGGUCUUGGGUCAGCUAAGUAACACGGAGCAAGAACCUUCCAUCUUGGAUUCUGAUGGACAGACAAACCCAGCAUUGCAACUGGAUGAAAAGAAUGCUAUCAGCAUGAUUGACAUGCAGAAUGUGGCAAAUGGACAUACACAAGAUAUCUCCUUGGAUGCUAAAGAAAGGAAGGAAAAGAAGCAUAUUAACAAGGGGAUGAUGCUGUGUGUAUGCUACGCAGCUAGUAUUGGUGGUACUGCCACUUUAACUGGGACUGGGCCAAACCUUGUGCUGAAAGGACAGUUUAGCGCGAUAUUUCCAAACAAUGGAGAUAUUCUGAAUUUUGCCUCAUGGUUUGGAUUUGCCUUUCCCAACAUGAUAAUAAUGCUGUGCAUGGCCUGGCUGUGGCUCCAGAUCUCCUUUUUAGGAAUAAACUUAAAGAAGACGUGGGGCUGUGGAACUUCAAGCUCGGAGAAGGAACGAGCCGCUUAUAACAUCAUUAGAGAAGAGUACCGCAAGCUGGGUCCCAUUUCCUUUGCAGAGUCCAGUGUGCUCCUGCUCUUUUCUCUGCUGGUUAUUCUUUGGUUUACAAGAGACCCUGGUUUUGUCAAAGGCUGGGCAACUGUGCUCUUCAAUAAGGACAACGUGGAGUAUGUAACAGAUGCCACAGUUGCUAUAUUUGUAGCUGUCCUUCUUUUUAUUCUACCAGCACAAAGACCCAAGAUUGCCUGUGGCAAGCAAAGGAACAGCUUUGAUACUGAAGAUUCAGAAGAAGAACUGGAGUCAUGUAUGUCUGCACCAUUACUUACAUGGAAGGUGGUCCAUAAGCAGAUGCCCUGGAGUAUUGUUGUUCUUCUAGGAGGAGGCUUUGCACUUGCGAAAGGAAGUGAUGUUUCUGGAUUGUCUUCCUGGCUUGGUCAACAAAUGACAUUUCUGCACAGCGUUCCACCAUGGGCCAUCGCCGUUAUCUUGUCAUCGAUGAUCGCAGUCUUUACAGAAUGUACCAGCAAUGUUGCCACAGCUACUCUCUUUCUACCCAUCCUAGCUUCUAUGGCACAAUCCAUUAAGGUAAACCCGUUGUACAUAAUGAUUCCUUGUACCCUCAGUACGUCCUUUGCUUUCAUGUUACCUGUGGCAACACCACCAAAUGCCAUCGUCUUCUCAUACGGCCAUCUCCACGUGUUAGAUAUGGUAAAAACUGGCAUUAUGAUGAAUGUUAUUGGCAUCUUAUGCACUACAUUAGCCAUCAACAGUUGGGGUCGCCCCCUGUUCAGCUUAGACACUUUCCCUCCCUGGGCUAAUACUACAGAUGGAAACUGAUGGAAAGGCAUUUCAAGUCACGUCAGCGUAGCCCUGGUCAUCAGGGCACGGCUACAUUUAUGAACGUGGAAGGUUAAUAUGGAGCCAAGUUUAUUAUAUACAAACAAAGAGGUUACUGGAUUCAACAGAAACCUGAGCAAAAUUUCCAAGUCAAUUCAAGAACAAGCCAACAAACUCUUACAUACUGUAUAUAAUUAAAAGAAAAAAAGAAGGAAACUGUAUAGCAAUAACAUAAUUAUACAGUAAAUAACAGUUUUGGAGAAUACAUACUGUAAAUAGGAAUUUUAGUAAUGGUGAUUUAUUAACAUGGUGAUUUAUUAAAAUACUAGACAGUCUAAAUAA